AUGACUCUAGGAACGAGCCAAGACAGAGUCAAGAACAUCCUCAAGGAAUACCAUGUGCAUAGGACCGGCUUGUGGCUUCCAGCGGACCACCGCCAUGUCAAGGACUGGAUUUCAGACAUCAUCGAACAUGUCGACAAGAACUCACAGGACCUUCACCCACAUACUUCUCGGAGCCGCUCUUCACAGCGGGGGUGUGAAAACUGGGCAGGGUCAUACCUCACGGCCACAGCAACUCGUGUUAUCAUCUUCAUUGAGACAGGUGAUGAUGACCUCGAACUUGUCUGCUUCCUCGGGAUUGGCAUGACUGAGGUCAGCACCUGCGAUAUCACAGUCAAACAAGGAGACCACGUCAAGAAAGGAGAUCAACUGGGCAUGUUUCACUACGAUGGAAGCACACAUUACGCGAUCUUCCAGAAAGGUGUUGAGCUGGAGGGCUUCCCAAGUGCCGAGAACUCCCAACACAACAUUCCAAUGCAAUCAAAGCUUGCUGUCGUCAAGAAGAGGUGA